AUGUGGGCACUGGCAGCCCUUCUGCUCCUGGCUGCAAGCAAUGGGAAAGCUGCUACUCUGGAGAAGCCCAUAUUGUCGCUACACCCACCUUGGACCACAAUCUUCAAGGGGGAGCGGGUAACCUUGCGGUGUGAUGGAUACCACCCUCUGCUCCUGGAGCUCCGGCCCAUCAGCACUCUUUGGUAUUUGGGCCACCUACUCCUGCCUUCCCACAAGAAGAGCAUUGAAGUGCAGACACCAGGGGUAUAUCGAUGCCAGACCCGGGGAGCACCUGUCAGUGACCCCAUCCACCUCUCUGUAUCCAAUGACUGGCUGAUCCUGCAAGUACCGUAUGCUGCGGUGUUCGAGGGCGAGCCGCUGGUCAUGCGCUGCCGCGGCUGGUACGACAAGGUCGUCUACAAGCUUCACUACUACCACGACGGCCAGGCGGUGCGAUACUUCCACUCCAGCGCCAACUACACGGUGUUGCAGGCGCGCGCCAGCGACAGCGGCGGCUACCAGUGCUCGGGUACCAUGCGCAUCCCGGUGGAGAGCGCGCCCAUGUUCUCAGCCAAAGUGGCCGUCACCGUGCAAGAGCUGUUCCAGGCGCCGGUGCUGAGAGUGAUGGGCCCAGGGGAGACCCGCGGCGCCGGCCACCGCGGGGUGGUCCUGCGCUGCGAGACGCGCCUGCACCAGCAGAAGAGCGACACGCCGCUGCAAUUCGCUUUCUACAAGUACAGUCGCCCGGUGCGCCGCUUCGACUGGGGCGCCGAGUACACGGUCCCAGAGCGCGAGGUCGAGGAGCUCGAAUCGUACUGGUGCGAGGCGGCCACCGCCACCCGCAGCGUGCGGAAACGCAGCCCGUGGCUGCAGCUCCCGGGGCGGGGCUCUCCCCUGGAUCUGGCGUCCACCACCGCCCUGGCCCCACAGGCCGCAGCCUCGGCGCCCGGGAAUAAGCCGCUUUCCUUCAGAAAACCCCCGGUAUCCAGAUCGGUCCCAUCGGUCACCUCCGUCCCCAACACCACCUCAGCGGGGCUGCAGUUGCCUGCAGGCAACGCCCGCACUGCUGGCCCACCCGUCUGCGCUGCGCCGACACCCUUGGAACAAUCGGUUGGAGCCCUGAAGCCCGACCUGGACCUUCUGCUCCGAGAAAUGCAGCUGCUCAAAGGCCUUCUGAGCCGGGUGGUCCUGGAAUUAAAGGACCCACAGGCCCUCCCGGAAUACAGGGGAACCCCCGAGACCCCCACUUCGCACUUGGCUGUGAGCUCGGGAAACCCAGAGACCAGUGCUGUGGGGAGCUGA